AUGGUGAAAAUCGCCUUCAAUCCCCCCAGCACGUUGCAAAAGGAGGAAGCACAGCAAGACGUGGAGGCUCUUGUGAGCGGCACCGUCCAAGCUCAGAUCCUGACUAGCAAAGAAUUCCCAGUUACCACUCAGGAAAAAGAUGGCUCCUUUGGGAGAUGCAUGCUUACUCUCUUAAGCCUUUCAUUCAUUUUGUCAGGAUUUAUACUUGGUGGAGCCUGCAUUUACAAAUACUUUCCGCCCAAGAGCACCAUCUAUCAUGGAGAGAUGUUCUUCUUUGAUUCUGAGGAUCCUACUAAUUUUUACUUCCUGCUUGUGAUGGAGGAGGCUGACAUUCAAGAAGAUGACAACAUUGCAAUCAUUGAUGUACCUGUCCCCAGUUUCUCUGAUAGUUACCCUGCCACAAUUAUUCAUGACUUUGAAAAGGGAAUGACUGUGUACCUGGACUUGCUGCUGAGAAACUGGGGACAGAGUGGUGAAUACCUGCCUAACACUACUGCGGUUAAGGAAGACCUUGUUUCUCUGGAGGAAAUUCAUGAUGUUAGUAACCUUGACAUUUUUAUUUACCAACUUUGCAACAACAGAAAGUCCUUCUGUCUUCAUUGCAGAAAUCUCUUGCUGGAUUUCAGUGAACAUGCUAUUGAUAAAUGCUGGAAGAUUAGACACUUUCCCAGUGAAUUUAUUGUUGAAACUAAGAUCUGUCAAGAGUGAGGGGUAACAGAUAAAGUGUGACCAUGGUAAUAAGAAGACAGAGAUUUAUGGAAUGUUUUUAAGAUUAAAGUUUAUUGGAUACUCCAGGUAUUUACUCAUGAAUUUACUGUAUUGCUUAUA